AUGCUUUUGGUUGAACGUGGUGGUGGUUAUGGGUUUGAUGUGUCAUUUGGUUACUGGAAUAGGGUGAUGUGCGGUGGUGGUUUUGGGUUUGCAGAGAUGGGUGGCGGGAUUGGGGUGGUAGUCGGGGGGUUUCGUGGUGGUUAUGUUGGUGGUCGUAGACGGUGGUGGUGGUGGUUAGAGGACAAUUUGUUACCCUUACAUAUCCAAGUUCAAAGACAAUGGCUGGAGAAGCACUCAAGCUGUCCUCUUUGCAGGGUUAAGGUCAGUGCUGAUGACCUUACAUACUUCGUGUACUCAACCAUGGAGCUUUUUGUCCAGAGAGAGGAAGACCAUCAUGGUUCUUCGAGAUUUAGCAUUGGAAGCAGCUUUAGGAAAUCUGAAAAGGGUAAGAAAGAAGAAGAAUUUCCCAUCCAAGUAGAUUGUGACAGCGACGAAAAUGAAAAAGCUCUACAUAAGUUCAAUCACAGGAUCAUUAUGUCUGAUGUGGUCCUCAAGAAUAGAUGGAGCAGUGUGAGUUCUUCUGACCUCAUGCGCCUGAAUUCGGAGAUCCUUAAUGCUAUGUCAAGCAAUAGAUUCUCUUCCUUGGAUGUAAAUAAUGAUCAAUCCGCGACACCAAGUGGGGUUGAAGACACAGAAAUUUUGAAGAUCAAGGAGGAGAUGGAGAGGGAGAGAGUGUUUGAGAGCAGGGUCAAUAAAAUCAACCAAACUGAUUCAGAUCUUCCUAACACUUUGGAGUCCAAAAUAUAUCAAAGUCAAACAUCAAGAUUUUUGAAUCCCAACACACACAGAUCGAUGUCAGAUAUAACAGUUCAUCCAAGAUUCACAGAGUUGGGCAUGAGAAAUAGUAAUAGAGACACUUCUCUUCCUGAAAAUAAUGUCAAGGAGGAAAGAUUGAGGAGGCUUUGGUUGCCAAUUGCAAGAAGAACAGUUCAAUGGUUUGCCAAUAGAGAGGAAAGGACACAACAGUCUCGCAACACAAGACACUCGAUGUGUAAUUUUGUUCUGUGCAUCUCAAGCUUGUUUCAAACUCAUCAUAUAUUGAUCACAUUUCCAUGAUUUCACUUUAACUUUUGUAAUAAAUAGAUUUAGUAGAAACACUAUGCAAG